AUGGCGGAGGGCGCAGUGACUCUUAAAGGACUGCGGGCUCAAAUGGGUUUCCACAAGAAUGCCGGCAAGGAGAAAAACUACCCAGUUGAAAUGAUGGGACUGAGUGAGAGAAUGACUGAGAUCCAUCUGGAAGACACCAUGUAUCACCAUGCCAGGACAACCUCAUUGCACAUCAACCGCAACCUGACCUCCGACAAGAUGCCUAAGAUUCCUCCUGAGACCAAAGUGUUAAUUAUCAAGAGCCUGAAGACCAGAUCCACUGUAGAUGUGGCAGACCCCUUCAAUGUGUCUCAGCCUGCAGCCGCGCAGGCCCAAGCCGACGAGCGGCGCAUCCAGGCUGUGUGUCCGGCAACUCCUACAAACGCAGCAGCCAAAACUCAGGGCUGUCGGCCAGUCCUCGACGGGGCCGCACUCCGAGUAGACGAUCGAUUGCGAGUUGCAAAGGAGAGACGAGAGGAGGCAGACAGGCAACAAGCUUUACGCGAGUCUCAGAUCAUGGAGCGUGAGCGCAAGGCCAAGAUGCAAGUGGAGCGUCAGCUAGAGGAACGUCAGAGGAAGGCUGUGGAGCAGCGAAAGAAGGAGGAACAGAAGCGCCAGGCUGUGGAGGAGAAGAGGAAGCAGAAACAGGAAGAGGAAAAGGAACAUUACGAGGCAGUGAUGAGACGAACAUUAGAGCGAAGCCAGCGGGUCGACCAAAGACAGAAGAGAUGGUCCUGGGGAGGAUUGUCAACAGACUCUGACGGCCGAGCAGGAGACUCAGAUGCCAGUACCUCAUCUCCAGUAGCUAUAGUAAUCGCUCCUGCCUUACCAGAAAAGCCACCAAGGACUCGAGAAGACAAGCGCUCCACAUCCACCACCAACCUCAAACCGCCAUCAGAGGCGAGCAUCAGUAAACGCCUAUCCUCGUCCUCCGCCACCCUCGUCAAAUCUCCUGACAAAAGUUUUAAAUCCAGGAGUGCUUCUUGUAACCGUUUGCCUCGGAAAGACAGUGCUGCUAAGGAGGAAGGCAAAAAGCUGCCGGUGGAGCAGAAAGGUUCUUCCAUGAAGAAGAGGAGUUGGUCCCUCACACGAGUAAGUGUGGGCAGAGCGCAGACUCCUGCCAAGGCUGCUAAGGGGACAGCAGACAAUCAAGCUCGCAAACAACCGACUUGCACAGCGGACGGAGGGGUCUUUAGUCGCCUGCUCACUCCCACCCAGGCCUCACUAGCUAGGAGCAAGAGCGCUGCUGCCCUUUCCCCUGAAGGAACAGAUGCUCCAGAGUGUUACCUGUGUCCUCGCUCAGCCUCCGCCGCCCCUCUCCACCCGCCGCGCGGGCCGUUGCGCAGCCGCAGCAUCGACCGGCAGAAGACCGGCAUGACCACAUCUGUGUCAGCUGACGGAGCCCUCGACCCAUCGCUGAGCAAGCAGGAAAGAACAUUGGCCUCACCCGUGCGGCAACGCCCACCAUCUCCAUCCAUCCCCAUGGUACGCAACCGCUCACCGUCACCCGCCCCGAAACCAUCUCCGAAGAGGGCUCCUUCCCCAGGAGCAUCAAAGCCAAAUUCAAAGGCGCGCCCGCCCUCGCCUGCAAUGAAACUUUCACAAAAUCCUCAACCAACGUCAGCGAAACCCCCACCAAUCCAGAAACCGGCUCUCACUCCACCAGGGCCCCCGACACUGCGAAAGAGGGACUCCCGCUCCAAGGACAUGUUGUUACCAAUACAGGCCGUGUCACCGCAGUCCUCUGACUCUAGCAAAUCCAAGGACAAAGACGAUUCUAAGACUGGAACUAACUCUGCUGCUGAGGCUGCCAAACUCUUGGCGGAGCACCGCAGACAAAUGCGGGAGCAAAAGGAGAAAGAUGAACAACUCCGAAUACAGCGUGAGGAAGAGGAGAAGCUUAGGAAAGAGGAGGAGGAGCGUCUCGCAGAGGAGGCUCGGAUCAAGCGACAAGAGGAGGAGAAGAAGCUGGCAGAGGAGAGGAGAGUGAGAGAGGAGGAGGAGGCUCAAAGAGCAGAGGAGGAGCGGGAACGACUGGAGGCCGAGGAGGCUUUGAGGCAGGCCGAGCUUCAGAGGGAGCGGGAAGAGGCCGAGGCUAAAGCCCUGGAGGAGGCAGAGAAGGUCCGCCAGGAGCGUGACCGCAUCAUGCAGCAGAACCAGCAAGAGCGUAUGGAGAGAAAGAAGAGAAUUGAAGAAAUAAUGAAAAGAACUAGAAAGGGAGACGGAAAUGAUUUUAAGAGGGAUGAGGACAAGGAGCAAGAUGAUGCUGAAGAUGGAAUGGACACGAUGAGCUUUGACGCAAAGAGUGAAGCACACAUGGGGGACAUGGCCAUGGAGAUGCACAACUGUGGCAAUGGAGUGACAAAAAGAGAAGAACCUGUCGGGUGCCUAAACGGGAGAGAGGAAACGGAUGACAAGGAGAAUAACAAUACUCCAGAAGAGACUCAGGCACUCAACCCAGUUCCAAAGGGCCGCCUGGUGGAAGGCUCGGAGUUCCUAAAUGAGCAAGACUCUGCCAAUGUGGAGCUAGUGUCAAGUCUGGGCAGCAAGACCAGCCAGUGGAGCAUUGAGGAGCUCAUGGAUCGCAACGUCAACGCCAAGACCCACACGCUCAUUGAGUCGGAGGAUUUGAUCAACUGUGACCGGUCGGACGGGACAAAAGGAAGCCCAGUAAACUCCUUGCAUUCCUCCAGUCAAGCCAUAGAGGCCCUGUCAGGUGAGCAGAGUAUUCCAGUGUUCUUCCUUAAUCUUAUGAAUGGCUGGUUGCUAGAGUUACUUUAUGGCUAG